GCCACAGUCCAGAGUUCAGCAGCCGAGCGGAUCUUUGCUCUCGUGUCUUUUCUUUUUCUCACCAAACCGCUGACACACUCACACACACACUGACUGCUCCUCUGACCUGAAACCGGUGUUUUUAUUUCAUCCCGGAGAGUUUUUACAUUUUUAUUUCUUCAACUCUCCGUUUUCCUUUUGGACCCGUUUGGAUUUUACCCACUUCUUCACCUUCCUUGGACCUCCGGCGCUUUCUGCCCUGGACGCUCCGUGCCGACAUGGCGCGUUUGUUACUGUCGUGUCUCCUGCUGUUCGUCUCAGCGCAGACGUCCCUCUCCUCCGGGGUCUUUGAGCUGAAGAUCGACUCCUUCACCAGCUCCCGCGGCGUCUGUCGCUCCCCCUCCCGGGACUGCCAGAUUUUUUUCCGCGUGUGUCUCAAGCACUCCCAGGACGUCAUCAACCCGGAGCCGCCGUGCACCUACGGCACCGCGCUCACCGAGAUCUUCAGCGCCGACUCCAACUCCAUCUCGGAGAGCGCGCCCAUCAGGGUGCCUUUUCACUUCAAGUGGCCGGGAACCUUCUCUCUGAUCAUUGAAGCGUGGAACGCGGAGUCUUCUGGACUUGAAUCUACAGACAACCAGAACAACCUCAUCAGCCGGCUGGCGACGCGCCGCAGGCUGACAGUCGGGGAGGAAUGGUCCCAGGACGUGCACUUCGGCAACCAGAGCGAGCUGCGUUACUCCUACCACGUACUGUGCAACGAGCACUACCACGGCGAGGCCUGCUCCGCCUACUGCCGGCCCCGCAACGACACCUUCGGACACUACACCUGCGACAACGAGGGGAACCGCCACUGUCAGGAGGGCUGGAGGGGCGAGUACUGCUCCGACCCCAUCUGUGCCGCGGGGUGCAGCGAGGAGCACGGGUUCUGCGACUCUCCCGGGGAGUGUGUGUGCCGGCAGGGCUGGCAGGGCGAGCGCUGCGACGAGUGCGCCCGACACCCCGGCUGCCUGCACGGGACCUGCCAGCAGCCCUGGCAGUGCAACUGUAAGGAGGGCUGGGGCGGCCUGUACUGCGACCAAGAUCUGAACUACUGCACCAACCACAAGCCGUGUCGCAAUGACGCUUCCUGCACCAACACCGGCCAGGGCAGCUACACCUGCACCUGCAGACCCGGGUUCACCGGCAAAAACUGCGAGAUCGAGACCAACGAGUGCGACAGCAACCCCUGCAAGAACGGUGGCAGCUGCAAAGAUUUGGAGAGCGAUUAUUCCUGUGCGUGCCCUCAGGGCUUCUACGGGAAGAACUGCGAGAUCAGCGCCAUGACGUGCGCCGACGGGCCGUGUUUUAAUGGAGGAACCUGCGUGGAGAAUGUGGCCGGCGGUUACAGCUGCCGCUGCCCGGCCGGGUUCACCGGCUCCAACUGCGAGAAGAGAAUCGACAGAUGCAGCAGCAACCCCUGCGCUAAUGGCGCUCAGUGUUUGGACCUGGGUAAACGCGUCAUGUGUCGCUGUCAGCCCGGCUUCACCGGCUCCCGCUGUGAGACCAACAUCGACGACUGCGCCGGGAACCCCUGCCGCAACGCCGGCACCUGCGUCGACGGCAUCAACGACUUCACCUGCACGUGCACCCUCGGCUUCACCAGCAAGGACUGCUCCGUGCGCACCAGCCCCUGCGACCACUUCCCCUGCGACAACGGCGGCAAGUGUUACACCCACUUCACGGGCCCGGUGUGCCAGUGUCCACCGGACUUCAUGGGAGCGCGCUGCGAGUACUCCGUCAGCAAGCCGACGGCCAAACCGCCCAAUCCCGAGGUGUCUCCGGCGCUGAUAGCCGCCGUUGCCCUCGGCCUGGUGACACUCUCCCUGCUACUGUGCGCCGCCAUCCACAUCCUGCGUCAGCUCCGCCGAGGCAGAGCGCUGACAGCCAUGGCCACGUCAGUGAAGAACGACCUGGAGACGGUGAACAACCGCAACGCAGUGAUCGGCGGGGGUGGACCAAACAACGGGAGCCUACAAGGAGCGCCGCUGGGCAGCCUGAGAGAGAAGGAGGCCUUCCUCCUCCCGGGAGGACAUCUGAAGAUGUCCAAUAAGGAUGCAGCGCUGGUGGAGAGGGGUGGCGACAACAUGUCCAUGUUUAAAAACAAAAUGGCCGACUAUAACCUGGCGAAAGAGGAGCAGCACCUGGGCAAGAACAAGUUUGACCUUAAGAAGUGCGACUCGUCCAUCAUCGUCCCUCCUCUCAGUUUUGCGAAGGACAGUCUGUAUCAACCUGUGUUCAUCAUCCCAGAGCAGAUGGAGCAGUGUGUGUUCGCUACUGAGGUAUAACCUGCAGUAUUCAGAGGAACACACGUUCUGUCCGGGACACGCAGAGGAUCGAUUCUACACACAGUUUUAUUUAAUAUUUAUUACUGCUGCUCAGUGGGAAGGAACAAGAGAGAAAGGACCUGUUUUUAAUUCUUUUCUGCCUUGAUGUGGACGAUGUUCGGACCACAGCGACUCUGAGAAGAGUGAACAAGCAGGACGAGGAGAGAAAAAAGGAAAGACUGAAUGUCUGGCAUCAUUUGCACUAUUUAUCUUUUUUUUAUAUUCUUUAAAUCUUAAUAUAAUAUUUCUGUCUGUGUAUCUGAACUUUUGUUGGAUCAAACGUGAAUGAGAGGACGUAAAUAAUUGGAACCGUCCACAGAUCGUAAAGACCGCUGCCUUAGCUGUGCUCCCUAAUCAUCGUGGCCACCGUUUCCUGUAGAACUUCAAAAUAAGAUGUCAAUCAAAUCAUCAGAGGACCUGCUGACAGGAACGGGAGACGGGACAUUUUCAUUUUAGGUCAAACAACCUGAACUUUCCUACACAUACGGAGCGUUGGUGAGCGGCUUUCUAUCAUCACGCUGGUCAUUUUAUCUGAAUCUUUGUGGCCUGAGAAGAAACAACAACAAUCACAAACUGAGCCUAUGAACUCUGAAGUGCCUCUUCUUAUAAAACCAACUGCAACAGAGGUUGUUUCCUCUGAAAGCCUGCGAGGGGUUUUAUUUGUAUCUCAUGUUCUAAUCCUGUAUUUAAGAGCCCAGAAAACCCAUUGAGCUCCACUGGAACCAGCCUGGUGUCAAUCUAAGACCCAAUCCCAGUAUCACACCCCACAUCUCCUUUUAAUGCCAGUCUGAAGGAGGUCUCAGGUGAAUCACAGAGAGUCUGUAACUCUCUCAACAAUCAGCUGUUUUCACCUCAUGAUAAUCAACUCUGACAAUUAUAAGACGUGAAAUAAAAAGUCCAACAUGUCACAGUCGGGAUGAAGGUCCAGCCGAGCUGGAUUCAUCUCACACAUCACUUUG